CGUGCGCCGUUACCGGUUCCGGGUUGCGCUCCGCCGCUGGCCGGGCUGGCGGCCCCGCCAUGUCCACGCUGUUCCCCUCGCUCCUGCCCCGCCUCACCGAGCCCCUCUGGUUCAACCUCGACCGGCCGUGCGUUGACGAGACCGAGCUGCAGCAGCAGGAGCAGCAGCACCAGGCCUGGCUCCAGAGCAUUGCUGAGAAGGACAACAACUUGGUGCCCAUAGGAAAGCCAGCGUCCGAGCACUAUGAUGAGGAGGAGGAGGAGGAUGAUGAAGAUGAUGAAGACAGUGAAGAGGACUCAGAAGAUGAUGAAGACAUGCAGGAUAUGGAUGAGAUGAACGAUUAUAAUGAGUCUCCUGAUGAUGGGGAGAUCAAUGAGGUGGACAUGGAGGGGACAGAGCAGGAUCAGGACCAGUGGAUGAUCUGAUUCUGCCACAACCACACCAAACCAGAGGCUGGGGGAGAGCCUUUGCCCCCCACGGCUCUGGGGGACGGUUCAGUGAAGCUCCUCCUUCCAUGGGUGCUGCGUGGGGCAACAGGUUCAGAGGGAAGCCCCACAGGGGAACCAGAGGGGAGACUGCCACCUGGCAUACUGACACAUCAUUUCUAAUAAACUCAGUUUUCAAGAAAACAA